CGUCCCGACUGCUGAAAUAUUCCACCUUAUCCGUUUUCUUGAGGCCGUGCCGGAGCCAAUUUUUCUUCAUUUCUGACCAUCUUCGCCGAGAACGAUCCGGCGGGCGUCACCAAAAGAAGCCCUUACCAGAACGUUUUCCGUUGAUCUACUGCCGUCCUGAUUGCCGAGAUCCUACUACAGCCGCACCGAUGACGAGCACUUUCUCAUUUUUUAAGGCCGCCACUAGGUGGUCGAAAAACCACAAAUUUUUUUUGACCAGUUUUGGUGUGUUAGCUGGUGGUGGUAGUUCCCUAAUUUAUGCACUUGAGCAGUCAAUUCAUGCUUCUAAUGAUGCAGCUCAUGUGGCUAAACAAAAAUGGAAUCAUAACGGAUGGUUUGAUACUUUAGACCACGCUAGUGUUCGUCGAGGAUGGGAAGUGUACAAAAACGUUUGUGCAGCAUGUCAUAGCAUUGAGUACUUGGCAUAUCGUGAGUUAGUCGGUGUUUGUCUGACCGAAGAUGAAGCCAAAGCUGAAGCUGCAGAACAAUUGAUUGAGGACGGACCUGAUGAAACUGGUGCCAUGUACAAAAGACCUGGCAAAUUAUCAGAUAUAUUACCCAAACCUUAUCCAAAUGAAGAAGCUGGUCGUUAUGCUAAUGGUGGUGCAUACCCACCAGAUUUGACUUACAUUACUCAAGCUAGAAUAGAUGGAGAGAAUUAUAUCUUUGCUUUAUUGACUGGUUACAUGGACCCACCAGCAGGAAUUUCAUUAGCAGAAAAUCAACAUUAUAAUCCUUAUUUCCCGGGUGGUGCUAUAGGAAUGGCUCAAGCAUUAUACGAUGAGAUUAUUGAAUAUGGAGAUGGAACUCCAGCUACACAAAGUCAGUGUGCGAAAGAUGUUAUCACAUUCUUAAAAUGGUGUGCAGAACCAGAACACGAUACUAGAAAAUUAUUUGCCAUGAAAGCAUUUACUAUCUUGGGUGUGCUAAACUUGGUAGUUUGGUACCUGCAUAGACAUUAUUGGUCAGUGUUGAAGACUCGAAAGAUUUUACAAAGCCCUAAAUCAUUGUUCAAAAAGUAAAUGGUCUUUAGCUAGUAGUAGCCAAAAAUUAAAACGUAUGAUAUUCAUUUUUGUUUAAACACCCUGUUGAUUUUAUUGUUCAAGUUCUGUCUAAAAAAUUUCAAUUUUUAUAAGUUCACUUCUACAAUAAAAUUUGUGAAAUUGUUUGUCAAAAAACUAAUUUUCUAGAGCGUAAAAAUCCUAUUCCAGUGACCAUACUCUGUAGAUGCAUUAACUUUAAUUACUACUAGUAAUUAGUAUUCCUAUUUCUCCAUAAUGUAAUGUGAUGAUGAGUUUGUACAUGAUUUAUUAUUAUAUAACCUAAAGGUAUACAACAGUUUCAAUUAAAGUUUGAGAAAAUAAACCAAUAUUAAUUACAAUGUUGAAAGGUUCAAAUAGAAAGUUUUUUUGAACACUAUUCAAAUAUAUUAUAUAUUUAUAAUAUGCUUGCUGUUGGUCAACUAAAUUCUCUUUGCUUGCAAUAUUAACAACCACAAUAUGUGUCAUAGGUAUUAUGUAAGUCUUGUACAGUAUCAUUAGGCCAUUUCCAUCCAUGCUUUUGACGUUAAGAUUAGGCAAUUAAUAAAAUUAUUAUUAACCUUGUUUAUAUAUAAUUGUUAUUAAAUUGUUUUGUUUAUUGAAA